AUGAAAAUCUUGUUCUAUUUAAUAUCAUUUAUUUUAUUAAAUUAUUUGACAGACUGUGCCCAACCAUAUUUUCCACCUCAAAUUGUAUUUUCUCCUGAUAAUGGUCAAACGAUAAUUGCAAUUGAUGAAAUAAAUCAACGAGCUUAUAAAACACUUCGUUACGGUUCCACAGGUCAAGAAGUGACAUAUGUUGAAAAAAAAUUCCCAUAUGCAAUUCCUGAUUCUCCCGAAUCAAAAUAUUAUGUUCAGUUAUUAAUAGAUUCUCCACCUCUCGGUUGUAUGUAUGGAACAUAUUGGCAAUAUGGUGGAAAUACAUUUAAUUCAUUCCCUUCACACUGGUGGGUUAAUCGAACUUCAUUUGAAAUACAAAAUUAUAUGAAAUUUAAUUAUGUAUUAAUUCAUUCAAACGAUUCUUCUACAGAUGAAGAUUAUUGGUACUCAAAUGAAAAAUGUCAGGUUGAUAGUGGAGCAAGUUACCCAUGUCAAGAAAUGUAUUUUAAAAAAAAUACCGAAAUUCCACUUCGAUUUGUUCAAGUUGUUCGUCGAGGGUGGGUUGUUCUUCAAGUAACAACAAAUUACAAUAUAAUAUCAAUGGGAAAACCAGAUGAUAAAUAUUUUGAUUCAAUACCAAAAAACUGGACUUUGACAUGCCGAGAUGUUAUGCUUGGACUUUUGUAUUAUCCACAAACAUCAAAAAUAAAUUUAAAUCAAAAUGUAAAAGUUGAAAUUUGGCUUAUAACUCCACCACAUCGAAUUAAUGGAAAUGAUACUGUUCGUAUUCAAUGGAAAUCAAAAGAAUGCACUGAUUGUUUUACAUUUUUACCAGAAGAAUUAUAUUUUAAUGGGAAAAAUUUUCAAGAUAGACAAACGUUAACAAUAACUCGUGUCAAAAAUGGACCUAAAACAACACUUAUUCCAGUUUUCAAUGGUGGAGGUUUUGAUAUUGUUACAGCUGAGAUUUAUCCUAUUUAUAUUGAAUAA